AUGCGUGGCAGGAGGAAGGAGUGUCUUCAGCCAGGAGGAGUCAGCCACGCCCAGCUGAGGGGCUUAUCAAAGGCAGGCCCAGGAGGCCGACCCCCACUGCGCAUCUCCUUCUUUCCAACAACUCUCCUUAAAGAAAGUGGCUCAGAGGAGGAGGAGAAACCAUCUGAAGAGAAACACAAGACUCUGUCUUUACAUUCCAGUGAGAACUGCACUCAGAGGCGAGGACCAGAACUUAAUCUGAACGAGAAGGAGAAUUCCAAGGAAACUGAGCUUAAUGCUGGAAACAGCAUUGACAGAUCAGAAUCCGAGUCCAGCUCAGGCGGGAGGAAGUCCAGGAAGAGGAAAAUCAGUUCCAAGGACAGUGGCCAAGAUGGAACAGGGAACUGUCUAGGAGAUGAGCACAGCUUGACUUCAGAAAAGAAACCAAAGGCCUCUGACCCCGUGAACUUCAGGAAAAUUGAGGAGACCUAUGACGUCCACGGUUGGGAAUUGCAGGGGGCCCACACUGGGCACAACAAGAAGUCAAGAUUUGGGUCCCUAAGACACCACCCACCACCACUUCGGAAAAGCCUGCUGACCUUCCUGUGUGCUAUGUGUGAGGUCAUUUAUCAAGACAUAGCUCAGGUACAGGCCCAGCAAAUCCAUUCUCCAUUGACCAGGGAGCAGUUCUCUGAUCUUGCCCAGCUCCGGGGGUCUCUGUGCACUGCAGUGCAGACCUUAUAUGCCAUGGCCACCCAGGCGGCCUAUGUCUUCCCUGCUGAGGGCUGGCUCAUCCCAGCCCCAGAGCAUGGUCCUGGAGAUCCAUCCCCAGAUGGAAAAGCUCAGAGUUUCUCCUAG